UAUUAUAAUGAUAGUAUAAUCCAGAUAUCACUCAGUAUAAUCUGGAUUAUACUAGCUACUAUCUGAAAUUUUUUUACCGCAGAUAUCACCGAGUUUAAUCUGGAAUGAUAUCCAGUGUCAUCUUGUUCUUUCCGUGUAUAAUAAUUUUUAUCUUACAUAUUAUAAUGGAAAGUAAUUGUUAUCGUGUCAAUAUAACAAAGUGGUUACCAUUUCCUGAUACAAAAUUAGAAUCAUGGUUCAAAGACAUUGUUCAUUUCAAUUAUUCGACUAGAAAAUUAGCUCGAGAAAUGGGAUUGAUUAUCGAACAGAUACAACAGUGUACUAUCGCUUGCGAUCAAGAGACACUCAAUGAUUCAAUGCUAGCUCAGUUGGAGGCAAUAAUAAAAACUUACAAAGAAAUUUACUCGACAAAAAAAAUUUUAACUACUAAUUUAACAGUAUAUAAUUAUAAAAUCGAACAUUUAUCUUCAAUAAUGAAGCGUUUACUAAACACAGUCGCUAAAUUUAUCCAUUAUUUUGUCAAUCAAACAUUAGACUUUGAAAGUGACGAGUUAGCUUUAAAAUUUUUGAGAUUAAUAAAAAUUUACAUCGACGCAUUAAAUCUCGAUUACAAGAUAACAGAUUCAUCAAUAAAUAUUUUCUCAAAUGACUGUCCGUCAAUGUUAGAAUCACUGAAGCCUUUAUCAGUGUUGCGUGUCUUGCAAAUUUUAGCUCGAAAUAAAGCUGAAGAAUACUGCUACGAACUGAUAGAUUAUUUACUAGCAAUCUAUCAACCAAACAACCAAGAAAAGUGCAACUCUUCAGCAUCUGGAGACAUGGAAAUGUCUGAGAACUCGAGCGUUGAAAUUUAUCGCGCUCUUACAAAGCACAUAACUCCUCCAGGCUCAGCAAUUAAUUCUUCCGCUAGAAGAAAAUACAGUAACGCUCAUAUAGAAAACUUUCAGAUCUUAGUCGACAGUCAAAAAGUUCAAAUUAAAAAAAUUAUACAUACCGCUAAAGAUAUCGCUCCUUUACUCUUCCAGUCUGACAGCUUCAGAUAUGAUAAUCAGGGCGAAAUAAUAAAAGUAAGAAGCAGUAUCCUCGCUAGACUUUCUGAUUAUUACUGUCAAGUAUCUUGGGCAGCGAUAUCUGAAAUUCUUGAUCACGUUAUUUUAUGGUGGUCACCAGAAGGAUUAGCUACUAGACAUAAUCAUGGUGCUCAUUAUCUUAAAGAUUGGUUACAUUCAUUUUUACUCACCCCUUCUAAUGUUCCAAUCAGUAUCCGGCCAACACUGGAUAACUUAUGUGAAACUCUAGGAUGUCACGUAACAGCAACUUGUUGGGAUGAACUCUUCAGAUUAGCUUACAUCGCUUCUUUUGAAUGUGCUUCAAGACCUUGUUCAUCAGAGGGAACAGAUACUGGCCAAAUGUUUGCCCAAGUAUUCCAAUUGCUGGUCAACUUAAGCAAUGAAUGUGAAGUCAGCGGAGAGUGGGCGAUCGGAGCUCCUCUGAUGGAAUUGCCACUUUCCGAACAAAUAAUCAUCUUGCACAGACUAGAUCACUCUAUCCACACAAUGAGACUUUGGGCUAGCCACGAAUCUAAAUUAAUAGCCCACACCUGGGACCUGGAGAGUUUUUUCCUUCUGGUGAAAGGGGAUCUCAACCACUGCAUUGAUCAACUCUCGUACCUGAAACUCGCUGAUCAUACUGCGGCCUUGGCUACUGACGACGUUAGCGUUCAAGUUUACGUGUGUACUCGCAUGAGAGCCAAAAUAGUCUCCGAAGUCAACGCUAAUUAUUUGUUACUCAAAGAAUCAUCAUCAAAAUGCAUCAGCACUCUGGCGAAAAUUUGCAGAGUGAUAAGUCUCGCAAACUUGCACAUGUGUUUCCCGAUAUCCAAUAUCUGGAGAAGAACCAGCAUUGUCUCAAACAUAAAUCCCAGUCCUUAUGUCCAGGUCUAUCUGGAGCGAGUGCUUUUGCCAGUUUUAGAGGUAGUAGAGGACGAAGAUAUAUCGAACAUGGUACUGAAAAUAAUGUGCGAAGCCUGGCUUGAUUACAUAUAUCUUCACCGUGUGAAAUUCAGCGAGAUCGGUGCUUAUCAAUUGCUGUCAGACUUUGCUUAUGUCACGCAGUGGGUAUCGAACUGCUCGAUAAUCAGCCAGAAUGUCAAAGAUCAGUUGCUAAAGAAUGAAGUUCUUAGGCGUUGCGAAGGUGUUGGGCGACUUCUUCUUCGCCAUCCCGGUGAAGCUAUCGCUAUGCAUAAGAAAAUUCCUACAAGAUCAUCAGAUGGAUCUCCAGAGUCAUUGGGCCUAGAAAGAAUGCCUGCUGAAAUGUAUGUUCCCAACCAGGAACAAUGGCUGGAACUUCGCGCUGAAAAAAAUUACAAAUUAUAUUGUUGUACUGAGUAAUCACUUCCAAACUAUGCUAAAUAAUUAUAUUGAUUUUAUUUUUGUAAUUUACAUUUGUU